AUGUCUCAUAUCAAUGAUUAUGAAUAUGAAAAUGAACUGUCUAUUGACUCAAAACUUCUAUGUGCUAUUUGUUUAAAUCCAUUCACUGAACCAAAAAAAACAUCAUGUGAACAUAUAUUUUGUGAUUAUUGUAUUAAAUUAUGGUACAAAAGUAAAAUAACAUGUCCAUUAUGUCGUCAACCAACGAAAAAAAAACAUUUAAAAUCUGUUAAGAAUUCAACUAUGCUUAAUACACUUGAUCGAUUACAUGUCCAAUGUUUAUUAUGUGAACAAACAGGAAUAGAACGAAAAGAUUUUGAUGAUCAUAUAGAUAAUGAAUGUUUAAAAGUAAUUGUAUCAUGUUCAAAUCGUGAUACAAAAUGUUUAUGGAGAGGAAAACGAGAAGAUUUAGCUCGACAUCGAAUGACCUGUUUACAUAAAUCAAGUUCAUUAGGAUUUAUUCAUCAUCAUAGUAAAGAAAAGAAAUUACAAUCAAAUAUUAUAAAUUCUGAUCGUUUAAAAAUUGAAAAUUUAAUAAAUCAAUAUCCAAUGAAUUCUGAAAUUACAUUACGUAAUCAACAAAUAACUGAUGCUGAUAUUUCCUAUGUAAUUCAAUAUGCAAUUAUAGAUAAACAAUGUAAAGUUCUUGAUUUAGGAAAUAAUCAAAUUAUAUCUCAUGGUAUUAUACAACUUGCUGAUAGUUUAAGAAAUAAUAAAACAUUAAAAAUGCUCUCGCUUCAUCAAAAUUCAUUAUCACAAAAAAGUAUUCAAUAUCUUGCCGAUAGACUUGCAUUAAAUAAAUCCAAUCUUAAAUGGUUAGAUCUUGAAUCAACUGAUUUAAAUAAUCAUGGUGUAGAAUAUUUGGCUACUAUGCUUAAAACAAAUCAAUCAAUAACUGGUUUAUGGUUAUCAAAUAAUAAAAUUGGUUGUCGUGGUGUGAAAAUGCUAGCUUCAGCUCUUAUUUCUUCAAAUACAACUCUUAAAUAUUUGGAUUUAGAAAAUAAUCAAAGAAUUAAUGAUUCAUGUUUGGAUUAUUUUGUAAAUAUGAUGAAAGAAAAUCAAUCAUUGAAAACAAUUGAUUUAAGUAAUUGUCCAUUGUCUAUAACAAGUAAAGCUAAACUUCGAUCUAUAGCUCAUACGAAACAAGACUUUCGUCUCGUUCUUUGA